CAGUCCACAUCGCUGGGGACACCAGGAUGGCCAGGAAGGUGGUGCUGCUCUUGUGGGCCCAGACCCUUGGCCUCGCUGGUGCCCAGACCACCCAGCUCCUGGUGGAUCCUCCCUGGACACCAGCGGUGCUGUGGGACCAGGUGACACUGACCUGCCAGGGCUCUGGGACCACUGGUGCCACCACCUGGUAUAAGGAUGGGCAGUACUGGGGUCAGGAGGGACGCGACAACAUCACUGUCAUGGAAAGUGGCACCUACAUGUGUGACAGACCGGGCAGUGGGUGUAGCCCUUCCGUGAAAGUUUCAGAAGACAAGUUGGUGCUGCAGGUGCCGGCACGGGUACUGCUCCAGGGGGAAACGAUGACAAUGCGCUGCCGGUACAGGCAGGACAUAUCUGUCCAUGAGGUGUUCUUCUACCGUGAGGAGACAGAACUGGUGCGGAUCCACAAUGGGACCCAGUUGUCCCUGACCCCUCUGCAGCUAAACCACACCGGCUGCUACCACUGCAGGGUCUGGAUGAACUACGGGGUAUCACAGGGAUGGGAGAAGUCAGCGCUGGUGACAGUGACAGUGAACGUCCCCCAUCUUUUGCCCUGAGCUCAUCCAGGUGCCGGUGCUGGAGGGUCCCCCCAAGCCCACCGUGGGGUCACUCCUGAAUCUCAGA